AUGGCCAGCAACUACGGCAGCUACCAAACAGAAAUCUACGGCAAGGGUGCCCUGAUGGGCAUCACGCCCAGCGUGACCACCGAUCCUCGCCUGCUGGAAGAGCAAGCUCGGCGGUCGAUGGGAUUGCGAUCGUUCAAUUAUGUGGCAGGCGGGGCGGGCGAGAAAGCCACAAUGGACAGCAAUCGACUAGCAUUUCGACAAUGGAAGCUAAUCCCGCGGAUGAUGCGAAAUAUGGACGACCAAGAUGUGACCGUGGAGCUCUUCGGCCAGAAAUACGACAACCCACUGAUCAUGGCGCCCGUCGGCAUCCAGGGCAUCUUCCACGAAGACAAGGAGACAGGGCUAGCCGAGGUAUGCGCCGAGGUCGGGGUGCCGUACACGAUGAGCACAGCCAGCACCUGCCCCAUUGAAGACGUCGCCGCCGCCAACCAGGACGGGAAGCGCUGGUACCAGCUGUACUGGCCGCAGGACAACGAUAUCACACUGUCGCUGCUGCAGCGCGCCAAAGCGAACGGGUUCUCGGUCCUGGUGAUCACCCUCGACACCUGGUCGCUGGCGUGGCGGCCCGCCGAUCUCGAUAAUGCCUAUAUCCCCUUUGUCAAGGGGACCGGGUGCCAGGUCGGGUUCAGCGACCCGGUCUUCCGCGCCAAGUUCCAGAAGGAGUCGGGUACAACGGUCGAAGAGGAUGUUGUAGGUGCCGCGCGCGCGUGGAUCGGCGAUGUAUUCUCGAGUCGGCCGCAUACCUGGGAUGAUUUGGCGUUUGUGCGCCAGCACUGGGAUGGCCCCAUUGUCCUGAAGGGUAUCCAGCAUGUGGACGAUGCUAGAAAGGCGCUGGAGAGUGGCUGCGACGGGAUUGUGGUUUCGAACCAUGGCGGUCGCCAGGUCGACGGCGCCAUCGGCUCCCUUGAUGUUCUUCCGGAGAUUGUCGAUGCCGUUGGCUCUCGCAUGACGGUGCUGUUCGACUCGGGGGUUCGCACCGGUGUCGAUGUCAUCAAGGCGCUGUGUCUGGGGGCCAAGGCUGUGAUGGUGGGACGGCCGGUGAUCUACGGGCUUGGUAUCGAGGGUCGUCAUGGUGCCCGGCAGGUGUUCCAGGGCUUGCUGGCCGAUCUCUGGCAGAGUAUGGGGCUAUCGGGGAUCCGAUCAGUGGCCGAGUGCAACCGGCGCCAGAUGCGACGGGUGCAGCAUGCAGGCGAUGCGAAGGCGAUGAUGUAA